CCAGCAGUCGCUCGAUCUCGGGCGAGUUUCGCUGCAACAAGCAGUUCUUUCAACAGACAGUGUGUACAGCAGGGUAAACCACUGAUCAACAGCCUACUACACAGGAAGGAGAGUAAGUGUCAGUUUAUUUAACCGACGUGACGAUAGGAGAGCGAGAAAGCUGCUGGAAGACGCUGAACCACAGGUCGGCACAGUUGGCGAUCACUUGGAGAAUAGAGCCUACAGCUGGACAUGGAUUAUUGGUCCUCAUCGCUUUGGAUUUAGUUAAGACGCAGCGCAACUCCGCGCCUCCUUUUCCGUCUCCUCCCGACGAGAGUGCGCCAAGAACAGGUGGAUCCUGUUUUUGUGCUUUGUUCAGUCUCCUUUCUGUCAUUAUGGGGAAUCAGGUGGAGAAAUUAACACAUUUAAAUUACGCAGAGGUGCCCACAUCUGACCCAAAUGGCUUCGACCCCGAAGGGGAGGUACCGCGGAUUGGUGUCUCUUAUAUUUUUUCUAACGACGAUGACGACGAACAGGACGAUAAUUUUGAUCAGUUUUCAUCAGAUAACCAAUCGGCAAGCCACGAAGAGAAACCCUUCGAUCCCCAGGAUGAGCUGGAUUGCACGAUCUACUACCGAGAAGAGUGCGUCUACGAGAGAAACACCGGAGCCGCGUCUUACUCUCCGGAAAGUCUCCUGAACAAGUGCAGACCGGGAGACCUGCUGGAGUUUGUUGCCACCGGACAGUACCCGCAUUGGGCUGUUUACGUCGGGGACUUCCAAGUAGUUCAUUUGCACCGAGCUGAGAUAAAGAAUAACUUUCUAACCGACGUGAGCCUGGGGAAAAAAGGCAGGAUAGUGAGCAGCCUCUACAGGUACCGUGCGCUCCCACCGGAGGUGAUAGUGCGCAAUGCCCUGGACCACGUUGGCUCCAGAGACAGAGAGCUGUGCUGGAGAAACUCGGAGUGUUUUGCCGCCUGGUGCCGCUUUGGCAGACGGGAAUUCAAAAUAGGAGGCGAGAUCAGGAUCGGAAAGCAGCCUUACAGAUUAAAACUGCUCUUUUCUGAAAAGAAGAGCCACGUCUUGGAGUUUCAAAGCCUGGAGGACGUGAUCAUGGAAAAGAGGAGGAAUGACCAGAUUGGCAAAGAUGCUGUGAUGCAAGAGCUGGCCAACCAUUUGAACGCGACACAUGAAAUCAAAGAAGAGCUUUUUGUAAACUGAUAGUGGAAGUUCUAGUCAUCUGGUGUGGAUUUUGGACUUUUGGUUAAAGGUGGUGGUCGAUGGAAAUGCACAUGUGUGCAUUAAAAUUUGACAUGCGCGUUGGUUAGGGUGUGCUGUUCCCUCCAAUAAGCCAGUUAAGAGCUUUUGUCCACGAGCAUGUGUUGAUGUGCCACGCUGCCAACAAAUGUACCAAUGCAGAGAGGGGUUUGAGGUUCUCUAUAAGAUUUUACAUUUUCAACAAAAGAAUAUGUGACUUACUGUGAUAAAUAGCCUACUUUUGCAUCAGAGCUGCAGCUGCAGACUAAUCGUUUAGGGAACAAGUCAAAACUGAAUUACCCAUAAUUAUUUUUGUAAUCCAAUGAAUCUUUGCACAAUGAAGAGGAACGCUUCCUUGUACUUUUAUCCUAUAAGAUUUCUAAAAGUCCUUGUCCCCAUAAAACUCAGGUGUUGGAGAUAAAUACAGAGUGAAAGAGAGUCAAUUUGUAGCUUUUAUUGUUAUCGUCUCAGUCGUAAGGAUUUCUUUGUGUUGCUUUAUAUUCAAUCAUAUCACAGCUUUACCUGUGGUCUCUGUUCAUAGCCAUGACUGUGCACCUUUAAUGAUUCACCAUUUUCAGUAGCUUAUUUUUUGGAAGAAAAAAAAAACGUUUGUAUGAAAACUUGUGAAAAAUAAAUAUAUAUUUAAAGAGUAAAGCUUUUUUUUUAAGAAUAGAUGCGAAUGACCUUUGACAUAUUUUAUGCACCACACAGAUGAUUUAAAAAUUCUCACCAACUUAGAAGAAAUGUGUUUGUUGUUGUGUGGGGAGAAUGUUGAAUAGCCAAGAAUUACAAAUGUCAUUGCUGCUAGUUUUGAUCUAAAUAUUUGAACUCUGGCAGCUCACAGACACUCAAACAUCAGCUUGUUUUACUAAAAAAAAUUGGCAUGUGUCAAGUUGUGUUCCAGCCAUGCUGGCUGUUUUGUUUACACCUCUGCUCACUGUAGAUAAGUCAUUUUUGAUAGUUUAGCCACAGGCUAACAGUGUUUUUCAUCCAUAAUUUGGCAUUCAUUACUUUCCCCUAAAUUACUGCAUUUAUUAGAUUUAAGGAAAAGGUGCAGUUUUUUUUGUGCAGCCACAAAUAGAUUAAAUUUUACCUCUAGCCAUAUUGCACCACCUUCUACUUU